CGGUUGCUACGGGCGCCCCGCGCUCUCGCGAUACUCCCUCCCGGGGGUUGCUACGGGCGACGCGAGUUCUCGCGAGGCCGCCGGGAGCCGGCGGAGGCGGCAAGAUGGCGGAGGCGGCGGCGGCGCUGCUGGAGCGGGCGGCGCGGCCGGGCGCGACGCUGGAGGAGCUGCGGGCCCUGCGGCUCGCCGUGCAGGCCGUGCCGCUCGCCGCCCUGCGCCCCCGUCUCGCCGAGCACCACCUGAGGGCGCUCUUCGGCCUCCUCGGCAGCAGUGACCGGGAGCAGGUGUCCGCGUGUGUUUCCAUCCUGGAGCGGCUCCUGCCGGCCCUGGAGCCGCUGGACGUGAUCCAGAACCUCCGGGAGGAGCUGCGGAAGGGCCUUUUCCACCCCGAGGACUCGGUGAAGAUCCUCACCAUGGCCCAGGUUGGGAGGAUUGUUGAAGACCCAGCUGCUGUCCCAGAGAUCCUGCACAGCCCCGAGCUGUUACAGCAGAUCAUAAACUGCAUUGGUGGGGAGAAAAUAGCAGUGGCCAAAGAGGCCAUCAGAUCUCUGUCAAGGCUUGCCCAGAGCCAGCAGGGCCUGGAGGCUCUGUUGGGGAGCAGCUUGCUGGGUGACCUCAGGAGGGUCAUGGCCACCAGCGACGUCGUUCGCUACAGGGUCUACGAGUUAAUUGUGGAGAUUUCAUCAGUGUCAGCAGAGUCUCUGAAUUACUGUGCAAGCAGUGGGUUGAUCCCUGAGUUAAUUGGGGAGCUGACUGGAGAGGAUGUGCUGGUCAGGCCCCUCCUGUGCCAAACUGAGCUCCGUGUGUGUUGCAGAGCCACGUGCAUCGAGAUGCUGACCUCGCUGGCACACAGCCCCCAGGGCAGGCAGCACCUGGCCCAGCAGGGAGUCAUCGACAGGAUCUCCAACAUCAUCCUGGGGGCAGACUCAGACCCCUUCUCCAGCUUCUACCUGCCAGGAUUUGUUAAAUUUUUUGGCAAUCUGGCUGUUGUGGACAGUCCCCAGCAGAUCUGUGAGCGCUACCCUGUCUUUAUGGAAAAAGUCUUUGAAAUGGCAGAAAGUCAGGAUCCAACCAUGAUUGGAGUGGCUGUGGACACACUGGGAAUCCUGGGAUCAAAUGUGGAAGGCAAACAGGUUUUACAGAAAACUAGAAGUAGAUUUCAAAAUAUCUUAAGCAAAAUAGGGCACCAGGCCAAGAAUGCCCCCACUGAGUUACGGCUUCGGUGCCUGGAUGCGAUUUCAUCCCUGCUUUACUUGCCUCCAGAGCAGCAGACAGAAGACCUCUUAAGAAUGACUGAAUCCUGGUUCACAUCCUUGUCCAGCCAGCCCCUGGAGCUGUUCAGGAGCAUCAGCACUCAGCCCUUCCCUGAUCUCCACUGUGGGGCUUUACGGGUGUUUACUGCCAUUGCAAAUCAGCCAUGGGCCCAGAAGCUGAUGCUGAACAGCCCAGGGUUUGUGGAGUACGUUGUGGACAGAUCUGUGGAGCCUGACAAAGCUUCCAAGGACGCUAAAUACGAACUGGUGAAGGCCCUGGUGAACUCCAAAACCAUUGCAGAGAUCUUUGGCAAUCAGUACUACCUGAGGCUCAGGGCUUACCUCCACGAGGGCCCCUAUUAUGUUAAGGCAGUUUCCACUACAGCUGUGGAAGGAGCAGAAUAAUGUCCUUGCUGUCUGGGCUCCCCCUCCUGCAGAACACAGUCCUGGCACAGGUCUUGAGGUACAAGGUGUAAAAACUCCACACUGGAGGUUGUCUCUUUAAAGAAAUGUGAAGAUAUUUUGACUCUAUUUGAAAGGAGUCAGGAGAGCAAAUUAAAGGUUGUUUGGUAUUUCCCCCUAAAAUGUCAUGGCAGAAGUUCCCUGUGUGCUUCAUGAGGCAGGUAACCCAGGUGAGCACUUAGCAGCUGCUGGCUGUGUUUUACUUGGCAGAAUUUAUCAGUGUUUGUUUAGAUUGUUCUUGGGUUUGGAGUUUCUGUUGUGUUUUCUCAGUAGGUUACAGUUCAGUUAAAAAAACCCACCAAAACACCUCAAGGUUUGUAACCUCAGAUGCUGCCAUAAUUUCUAUUCUUUUUUAAUUCUUUUUUUUACCUGCCAGAGUUGGCACUUGCAUGGAACACUCUGUUCUGUCAGAAUCCUAUUGCUGAAUAAGUGACACUGUCCACAUGAGGGAGUAUGGACUGGAUUCUCUUGUUUUCAGCCUGCUGGAUGUGAGUCUUGCUGGAAUAAAUAAUCCUAAAUAUUGUUUACAUUUUCUGCUGAGGAUUAAAAAAAAAAAAAGUUUUUAGCCCUUUU